GUGAAUGGAAAAAGCGACUGACAGCAGGUGCAAUCUUAGGAUUCUUCCUUGUUCCACUACUGGUCAAUGCACUCUACCGCGUCUAUAGUUUCAAUAAAAUAGAAAGAGAAUAUCAAGACAAGGUUGAAAUAUUUUUGAAUGAUUACAGAGCCGGGAAGCAGACAGGAUACACCUGUGCUAGUCUUAAAAAAAAAAAAAUCACAAAUCAAUUCAAGGAUGAAUUGGGCCAAGGACAAGGAGCUUAUGGAACAGAACUCAAAGGAAAGCUAACCAGUGAAAUUCCAGUAGCUGUGGAACUCGUCAACGAAAAAUGGUUGGAGGAAGGAAGAACGCUGAUGACAAGUCAGAAAAUGGCGAAGAAAUAUACUUCCCAGAAUGAGGUAGAAGAAGAUGCUAAAAUUGCAAAGAAACUAGCAAUUGUGGGACUUUGGUGCAUUCAAUGGAACCCAGAAGACUAUCCUUCCCUGAAAAUUGCUUUCCAAAUGCCGGGAGGUGAAGGAGACAACUUGGCAACGCCUCCUAAGCCUAUUAGCUCCACAGUUCCCAAGGGAACGGAUGCAGCUCUACCAGGGUGA